AUGUCCUGCUCCAACAACUGCCCUGGAAGCUGCAGCCUGGGAGCCCUGAGACAUCCCUGCCAUGUCCCGCUUACCUCCUCUGCUAACCUUUGCCCUUCCGACGUGAGCUGUGGAAAUGUCUACUGCUUGCCCGGCGGCUGUCAAGACCGUCCCUGGCUCGCGGAAAACCGCCAAGAAGCUUUUGGUGAAGCCACCAGCUGCCAGCCUGUCCACUAUGAGCCCAGCGCCUGGGAAGCGUCCUGCAUCCCUCCCGCUGCGUGCUACGUGCCCAGACCCUGCCAAGGACCCAGUUUCGUUCCCACUGCUCCUUAUGUCUCCAGCCCCUGCGUCCCAAUCACCCUUAAGCCGCUGAGCUACGUGCCCGGCAGCUGCCGUCCCCAGAGUGUGGUCAUGUAUGGGUAUGGCCCUGCUGGUUACCUGCCCUGUCGCCCACAGUCAAUCGGCAUUGUGUCUGGGGGGCUCAGACCCGUGCGCCCUCUCUCCAGCGGCUGUCAGCCGGUGACCCCCGUGUUUGGCACGUGUCGUCCAUCUUGCUCUGCCAUGGGAGGCCAGUAG